CUUUAAAGCCUAGUUGGAAAGUUUCCUGGAUCUGAUAUCAUGGAUUCCUCCAUUUAUUUUUUCACUGUCCUUAUUUUAAGAAAUAAGAAAUCCACACCGCACCCUGGAUAGAUGUCUUACACCUCAGACUCUACCUUGGAUUUGUGUAGCUCUACCUUCGCAAUUAAAAACCUAUAUAUUGCGGUAAGGUGGUGUGAGCCUCUGCUCUCUCCGCCUCUUUGUGUCUUUCCUACUCUGCCACACGGUUUAUUUGCCAAUUCUCGCCACCGCUCGCUCCCCCGUCGCUGCGUAAAAGCCGCCGCGCUGCGCUUGGAAAUGUACUGGUUUUUGCGCACAGAGAGGUCUCCACGAUGGACUUAAAAGCCGAGCUCCUCAAGUCCAUCUGGUACGCGUUCACAUCUCUGGACGUCGAGAAAUGCGGGAAAGUGUCCAAGUCGCAGUUAAAGGUGCUUUCUCAUAACCUGUACACGGUGCUGAACAUCCCACACAACCCCGUGGCCCUGGAGGAGCACUUCCAGGACGAUGACGACGGGCCGGUGUCUAACCACGGCUACAUGCCCUACCUCAACAAAUACAUACUGGAUAAGGUCAAAGAGGGGAUGUUUGAUAAGGAGAAGUUCGACGACCUGUGCUGGAUGAUGACCAUGAAGAAGAACUUCAAGGGGUUACCACAGGGGGCUCUGCUAUCGCAAAGAGACUGUUUCAAGCUCUUCUGCUUAUUUAACCUUCUGUCUGAGGACCGCUACCCGCUGGUGAUGAUACCAGAGGAGAUGGAGUACCUCCUUAAGAAAAUCUCCACAGCGAUGAACCAGGAGUGGGACGGGAAGCCAUUGGAGGAGAUCAUGUCCCAGGAUGCCACCGCGUGGGACGGCGGCGACAUGUCCGUGUGGUCCUUCCUGGAGCACAUGGCCGCAGGCCGGCUGCUGAGGGUCACCAGCGCCGAGGCCUUCAGUCUGGCUUUGGACGAGGUCUUUCUGGAGAUGUAUCACAACGUCCUGAAGAGGGGUUACAUGUGGAAAAAGGGGCACGUACGCAGGAACUGGACCGAGCGUUGGUUUGUGCUGAAGCCCUCAUCCAUGGCUUACUACGUCAGCGAGAACUUAAGAGACAAGAAAGGGGAGAUCCAGCUGGAUAAGAGCUGCAUCGUAGAGCCCAUUGCGGACAGGGAGGGGAAACGCUGUUUGUUCUGUGUGAAAACCCACAACAGAACCUUUGAGAUGAGCGCGUCUGACCAGAGGCAGAAGGUGGAGUGGACUCAAGCUAUUCAGACAGCCCUCCGCGUGCAGAGCGAGGGCAAGUCCUCCCUCCACCACGAACUUAAGCUCAAGAGACGCGUCCAGCGGGAACACAGCCAGCGGGAGCGCAGCCGCAGCGACCGGGGCAGCUGCAGCAGCCGCAGCAGCCAAUCGGACGACUCCAACGUGCACGAGACGGAGAAGGAGAAAGACAGAAAGGAUACGGAAAUAGAAAGCAUCAUACAGCAUGCACGCGAAUUAGAGACCAGGCGGAGGGAGGCUGAGGAAAAAGAGAGGAGGAAACAGAGGGAGGUGCAGCUGGAGCUGGAGAGGCAGCUGAAAGAGGCCGAGACGUUGAGGGACAGCAUGCAGGCCGAGAUGCAGGAGAAGAAAAAGGAGGCCGAGCAACAGAGAAAGAGGAUCCAGGAGUUGGAGCUGACGCAGCGGAAACUUGAGGCGGCUCUCAACAUGGAGAUCCACGCUCGGCUGGAGGAGGAGAGGGCCAGGCAGGAGCUGGAGAGGUUGCUGGAGGCGGAAGAAGCAAAGAAGAAGCAGUUCCAGCUGCUGCAGGAGCAGCAGAGGGCCUUGCAGUGCCUCAGCCCCAUACCGGAGGCGUUGGACAGCAGUCCGGAGGACCCCACCCCCUCAGCUCUUCACUCUGCCUCGCAGGAGCUCCAGGAUCUGCAGGCCUCUCGCCAGAGGAGCCACCAGCACCUGGAGGAGUUGCAAGAGAAGCUGAGGUACGCCAGUCAACACGUACGGCACUGGAACGUCCAGCUGAACCGCCUGAUGAAACCCAUCGGCCCCGGAGAACGCUUGGAACAUCGCCUAUUAUCAAAAAACAUGUGUCCCAAAAAGGAAGGAGCCCUGGCCAGUAACGAGUUCAUCUCCAAAUUCAAGAAAACAUCCGACCAGAGCAGCGGGACACCUGAAGACAUCGAGACGCUGGAGGUGCAGAUGGAGGCCGCCGACCUGUCGGAUGGAUCGGACGAAUCGCAGAGGAAACCCAACGGACAGAUGUGAUCCAAAAUGUCACAAAUCAAAUUUCAUCACGUGUUUAGAAGAAGAAAGGUCAUUUACAAUACAGAAAAGUAUCUGGGCAAACAAACGUUGUAACAUAUUUAUAUUCUAACAUGCACAAGACGGAGAGCAACAAUGACAAGCAAAAUGUGAUUCAUGAUUUAAAGAAAACGCAGCAGAUACAGAACAACAGACAUUUAUAGUUUUGUAUAAUACAUUUUAUUAGUGAAUAAUAAAACAUCAAUUUAUGAAAUUUGUCACUUUUUAUGGACAACACUAUUGAAUAAACACAACCCCUCUCCUUUAACAUUA